AUGGCUUCCUCAUCCGAGAAAGAUGCUGCUAUAAAAAAGCGUAUCCUCACACAUAUGAAUGCAGACCACGCUUCUUCUCUAUCUUUCUACUUGCGACAUUACUGCCAGCUCUCCAAAAACGAAGCUUCCAACCCGAAACUCCUCGAUAUAUCCCUCUCCUCACUCACAAUCUCCUCCAAAUCAGGCAAAUCCCACACAAUUCCAAUCGAUCCUCCCUUAUCUUCAUACAGUGACGCUCGCCCUCGAUUUGUCGCCAUGGACACCCAAUCUCGCACUGCUCUUGACAUUUCUCCACACACUAUUACUCGAUACGAGGCUCCAAAGACUUUCGUCCAUCGAUUGAUUUUCGGGGCAUGUUUGAUGACUAUCGUUAUCUUUGUUACGCAAUCACACAUCGUACCUGGUACAUAUUUCUACGACAAUGUAUUGCGAUGGUUCCCAGGAGGCGCGGCGACUUUCGUGUGGAUUUCUGCUAAGAUUGCUAUCCCCACUAUUGUAAUUCACGUGGCGGAAGCUUUCUGGAUGGAUAGGUCUAGACUUAUGAAGUACAAUGUUCAGAGGGGAAGUUCGGUGUGGUGGAAAUGGAUGACAAGUUGUUUGAUUGAGGGGAUUGGAAGUUUUGCCAGAGUUGAUGCUAUGAUCAAGCAACAAAAGAAAGAGCAAGAGUCAAAGGGAAAUGGUGGACAUUGA